AUGCAUUGGAGCACCGCCAUCCUCGCCUUCGCGGCACUCGCCGACGCGGCGCCGCCCAUCACGGCGCGCCAGGGCCGCACCACCAUGCUGCGGUUCGGCUGCCCGCAGGUAGUGAUCGACCGUUUGGAUCCCCUGGUCAACCCGGGCCAGAUGCCCACGCCGCACGUGCACCAGAUUGUCGGCGGCAACGCCUUCAACGCCACCAUGACGACGGGCGACGUGUCGGGCAAGGCCAGCUGCACCACGUGCCAGUUCUCGGACGACUUCUCCAACUACUGGACCGCCAACCUGUACUUCAAGGCCCGCAACGGCAGCUACAAGCGCGUCACCCAGGGCAGCGCCGCCCUGCAGUUCAACGACAAGUUCAGCAACCAGAUCAACGGCGGCAUCCUGAUCUACUACGUCUCGGCCAACCCGGGCAAGAUCACCGCCUUCAAGCCGGGCUUCCGCAUGCUGGUCGGCGACCCGAACAUGCGCUCGCGCCCCGACACCUCGCUCAAGAGGCAGAACUGCUACCGGUGCUACACCGGGCCCAACUUUGGCGGCGACACUGGCGCUCCUUGCCAGGACAACAACGUCGACUCGGAGGCCCUCCCCAAGAAGGCCUGCGCCGGCGGCAUCCGCAGCAACAUCCACUUCCCGACCUGCUGGGACGGCAAGAACCUCGACACGCCGAACCACAAGGACCACGUCGCGUACCCCGUCACGGGGCCGGCCAACUUCCUCAGCCUGGGCGGCGACUGCCCGGCGUCGCACCCGGUACGCAUCCCGCAGCUGAUGUACGAGGUGGUGUGGGACACCACCAAGUUCAACGACAAGUCGCAGUGGCCCGCCGACGGCUCGCAGCCGUUCGUGCUCAGCACCGGCGACCCGACCGGCCUGGGCCAGCACGCCGACUACGUGUUCGGCUGGAAGGCCGACUCCUUGCAGAAGGCCAUGGACACCGCCGGAUGCAUGGGCGCCACGUGUGGCUCGCUCAAGACGCAGAGUAUCGAUGCUGCCCGAAAGUGCUCCGUCAAGCCCCUCGUCCACGAGAACGUCGAUGGCUGGCUCACCAAGCUCCCCGGCACCGACAUGCCCAUGUAA